GAAAUCUCCACUUCAGCAGCACAUCGAACUUUCCACUUACAUUCCUAAUUAUAUUCUGAAGGUUUUUGCGGAGAGGUCUGUUCAUAUAUCAUCCAUGGUCGCAUUUAUACAACACUUUAUUGCUAACAACAUGGCAAAAAUAGAUUUUUUUAAUGACCGUUGACAGUAUUUUCCUAUUUAUUACGCAUAUUCCCUCCAUAAAAACGUGUGACUCUAAGAUGUCAACAAAAACAAGAAAUUUGAACACAGCUUUGUCCAAUCUUAAGAUUUAUGUUCUGGGGGUUUAUGCAAAGUAGCACAUAUCCCCUCCAAAUGUUGACCCAAAAACUAAUUUAGCGGUCAUAUGUUUUAUUUUGAAAGAUCUGCGCAGAUAUUGUGUUGUUUCGUUGUCGCUAACUUUCCAGUGGAAGUCGGAGAGCUUUAGAGCUUGAACUCAACAACAAGCCGUCUCCGGCUGGCCCAUCACAGCCGGUUGUUCUUUUCUCUCCCCUCUCCCUCGUGUUUUUUAGGGAGUCCUUCUGUUUUUUCUCCCUCGCGCUCUGCCUGCAGUCACAGUGGGAGUGGGUGUGUCGACGCGGGCCAGUGCAGCCUCGUCGCUGCUUGUGCGCACUCUGAAAAAAAGAGGAAAAAAGUUGAUGAUGACUUUAGUGUGAAAGCGGCCCGCCUCGGAGCAGGCUAACCCGUCUAAGGAAUGGCAGUCUGGACCAGAGCGGACAAAAACGGUCAACUGGACCUUCUGCUCCGGGACCGCUGGAUCCGAGUGGCCGCAGAACUCACCCGAGAAACACUGACUUUAACGGCCGAGGCGGAGGCAACCGGGCACGGGGCGAAUCACUGGGACUACAACAACUCUUCGGCGGGCCUGCGAAAUGGCAUGUCGAACGGAAACGACCCGGGAACAAGUCCGGGGAACCCUGGCCGCGGUCUGUCCCCGGGUCAAGACCAGGUCCAGAACCAGAACCAGGGGAAGGGGCGCAGCGGCAGCCCAGGGCGCGGGGGUGUCAGCCGGGGUCAAUACGACGGCAACUACGGUCCGAACAGCUCCGGAAAGUACCCGAAUAACGGCACAAACUCUGAAUUUGGAAGCCCCGGGUCCAGCUACGGCAGUCCCGGGUCCAGCUUCGGGUCGAGACAGGGCGAGGGUCCCGUCAGCCUGGACUGCUCCUCGGAGGCGGUGCGGAAAGUCCGAGUUGUCAAACAGGAGUCAGGCGGGCUGGGGAUCAGUAUCAAAGGUGGGCGCGAGAACCGGAUGCCCAUCCUCAUCUCCAAGAUCUUCCCGGGGCUCGCCGCCGACCAGAGCCGGGCUCUCCGGGUGGGCGACGCAAUCCUGUCGGUGAAUGGGAACGACCUCCGGGAGGCGACGCACGACCUGGCGGUCCAGGCGCUCAAGAAGGCGGGGAAAGAAGUGACGCUGGAGGUGAAGUACAUCCGCGAGGUCUCCCCGCUCUUCAAGAAGCCGUCCCUGGUGGCCGACCUGCCGUGGGACGGCGUCCGACCGCAGUCGCCCAGCUACAGCGGCAGCGAGGACUCCGGGUCGCCCAAACACUGCGGUCCCUCCUCCUCCAAGGACAGAAAAGUCAUCAGCCUGAAGAUGUGCUUCAUAAGCAGGAACCUCACCAUGCCCGACCUGGAGAACAGACUUUUGGAGCUCCACUCCCCGGACGGCCAGCACACGGUAGUGCUGCGCUGCAAAGACGGCCCCACUGCCAACUCCUGGUUCACCGCCGUCCACACCAACAUUGCCGCUCUGCUGCCGCACACCCUGGCUCACGUCAACGCUUACCUGGGGGCCACGUCUUCGUCCACCACGCACCCCCACCUCAAACACAUCGGCUGGUUGGCCGAACAGGUCCAGCUGGAAGGAGGACGGCAGCAGUACAAACCAGUGGUCAUGGCUCUGACGGAGAAGGACAUCCUGCUGUUUGAAUCGGUGCCGUGGAGCAGAGAGUCCUGGUCCAUGCCUCUGCUCACACACCCGCUGCUAGCCACAAGACUGGUUCAUUCCGGCAGCGCCCGGGGUUCGCCUGCCCAGGGUUCAGACCUGGUGUUCGCCACUCGGACGGGCACUGGGCGGGGCAUCGAGUCCCACAUCUUCAGAGUGGAGACCCACUGGGAUCUGUCAUCAUGGACACGAGCCCUCGUGCAGGGGGCACACGCUGCUGCUGAGCUCAUCAAAGAAGUCUCCAUUGGUUGCACGUUGAACAGGCAGGACAUCCGGCUCACGCUGCACUAUGAGAAGGGCUUCACGGUGAUGAGGGAGCCGGCGGAACCAGCGGGGGGCGCUGUGCUGUACAGAUACCCCUACGAGAAGCUCAAGAUGUCUGCUGACGAUGGGAUACGCAACCUCUACCUUGACUUUGGGGGUCCAGAGGGAGAGAUGGUGUUUGACCUCCACUCGGGUCCAAAGCCGGUGGUGUUCGUCCUCCACUCCUUCCUGUCAGCCAAGCUCACCCGUAUGGGCCUGCUGACGUGAAACAACCGAUGGGCGAGGAGAGAGGACGGGCCGUGAAACGGCGAGGAGGGGGGAGGGGAGACGCCCCCAAAACGCUGAUACCGGGGGUUGAUUCUCAAUUUCCCUUUUUUCCAAUUUCUCCAUUCACCGCUGAAGCUGUAGGUAGAGUCCAACUGUUGAUUGUCUCUAAAUUGUGCCUUCUCUUCCAACUUCUACUCGGCCUCUUGCGGUCAUUUGUAUGGCGAGGUCGGGAAAAAGGAAGUGGCGCUUUGCUUGAAGUCAUGAGGUGUCUGGAGACGGUUACACAAAAAAAAAGUACUACAAAAUAAAAGAACAUUCCAUUGAAUUUCUGUAUGAUUAUCUGAUACGAUGUUAAAGACUCCAUGACUAUCAAGCAAAGUGCUACUGGAAUAUAAUUAGGGAAAGGAAGGCAAUUUAGACAAUAAAUACAAAAACAGAUCAGUGAAUGCUCCCUGUUAUGAACUCUAUGCCUUCAUUCCACGACAGCCUUCCAAUGUACUUAUGGGCUCUUCGUAAUGCGUUUGUUUAGACACGUGAGUGAAAGACGGCGUUUCACCGUCAGAAUGCAGUCUAAUGAGCAGAGAUUGUGUGAAUGAAGAAAGGUCUGUGUGUGCGUGUGUGUGUGUGUGUGUGUGUGUGUGUGUGUGUGUGUAUUACGCGCUUCUGUAGGCUUGAUAGCGUGCCUGCCGUCUGACAGACUCACCUUUCUAGCACAUUAUCCCAAACUACUGUUGUAAUCAGGAGUGCCAACUGUGCCUUUUGACCUGUAGUCCAAGACGCUCUUUGUAUUGUUUCCUCUUUUGUUUUUUUAAUUCCACACCAUAAGAGAACUUUAAGCUUUCGACAUGUGCAAGCAAUAGUAUUACUCUUAUAGUGUAAACCGUGUUACUUUGUUUUUUAAGUGUGUAUCUCAUGAUAGCAUGACUUCCUGACAGUGAACUCUGUAUCAGAUAAUGAUAUAUGACGAUGUGUUACUUCCCCCUCCUCUACCUACACUACCACGUCGCUAUCGUCUCAUUCCACUUCUCUUGAGGUUUCCGGUGUCUUGUUACCAUUCCUAGAGCGACAUUUCUCUGGCUAAUGACUGUUAUGUGGGCCAAAACAUGACACAAGUACCAUCGUGUUUGAAUGAUCUGUGAUGGUCAAAUACGUCUCACCUCCUAUGAACCUCUGCAGUAGAGAGGCUACGGAUCAGUAUUCUGGUCUUUUACUUCCAUUGAAGUCUUAGAAAGCCGUGAACGUUUAAGAAAAUAACCUUUACUCAAUCAACUUGCUUCCUUUUGGAGCUUUCAGCAGAAUCUCACGGACUCUGACGUCGUGGAGAUGACUCGGCUGUCAUCAUGUGACUUUAGUAUGAAAUGUAACUUGCAUAACAGGUGUUUGCAUAUUAGGAGAGGUGGUCUCUGGUAGCAGAUGUGACCUCCUUGGUGUUUGGCCCGAUCCCAACAUUGACAUUCAAGGAGUUUUGAAGCGUGUUCCCACAAAGUUUAGGGCCGUCCCAUUGUCAGAUCAAGUGCUUCAGCUCUCUCCUGCAGACAAUGAAGCAGUAUGUCAUUCUGCAAAAAAAUACAAUUUAACUUUAAAAGUUAAUUUUAUUUGUGUAAAACAUUUCCAGUAGCGAUUAACUUUUAAAUACUUUCAAAAACACUUUAAAAUAUUUAUAUAAUUUUUAUUAUAUGUUAAAAAGGUAGAAAUUGGCUGAAAUGGAAAUUAAAUUAAAACAAACUUGAGCAGGAAAGGAACAUUUACAAAAUAAAAACCAAGCUGUUUUACAGCCCUGAGAAAAAUAAAUAAAGUUAUGAAAAGUAAACGGGCUAAAAGAACCAUUCAUACCUACAUACAUGUUGCUAACAUAUAAUGACGUCCUGUAGCCUUAAAUGAUCCACUUCAAACCAACUUAGAAAAAUCUUUGCAGCUCUCUCAGAUUUAUUAGUAUAAGUGGUCUAAGUUUGCGUGUAGGAGUAAGAGUGAAGGAUGUGAAGGCCUCGCUGUUUUAACGAAGUAGCAAAGGCGAUGUCAUGUGAUAUGCAGCUGAAAGCUCUGGAAGAAGCCAAAUGGACCCUAGAGUUGAGGUUUUAUGUCAAACUACAGUUCUCUGAGCUCAAGAAGAAAGUUUUAUGCUCUUAAGAAAAAACAUUACAGAUCUUGUGAAAUUCUGUCAAAAGUAUUUAGCGUCAAAACAGCCGUUUAUCUAUUUCACACUCUGCUUUAAGGUACAGUAACCCAUAAAUUAAUUUGUUUUUGCUGUCACAUAAAUGGAGGUGGGUUGAAGUCAGCUACCUAAUUAUUUCAUCUGUCCAGUGCCUGUGUUGCGACUCGACUCGUUAACGAGGUUCAACGUGACUGUAAUCAACACAUUUUCAUAACCCUCAAUCGGUUCAUGGUACCCGUCGCUAAGGCAACCGUUCCCUUCAGUAGAGCCUCUGUUGGACACAAAGUACCAUUGUGUCCACUGACUGUGCAACCCAGGAGAACAAGAUAUCCCCUCUGUCCUCAGAUAAGGAACACAAUGGCCUUCAUUCUGUUUUUGGACUCUGAUGUCCUUGUGAGGGUCCGAACAACUUGUUUUGCCUUUUUUUUUCAUGAGAGCUAAAAUGUGUUCUCUUAGAGUUGCUACAGUUUAUAGAGCUCAAAAAGGACAGACAGACUUUACUUCCCUAAAACGUCAUGAUUUUAAAAGUUACAUUUGGUAUGUCGUGUUCCUGUGUUGCACUCCAUCAUCCUACUUUUUCACCACGCUUCCAUUUUCUGUAGAUCUAACCCAGUGCACAGAUCUGAUUGUCUUAAGUCGGUCAACCUUGUACAAGCUGCAGGCCGUCCCUCUUUCAGCUUGAUGCACUAACCAAUCAAACCCAUUUUAAUCUGUGAAUGUACACCUCUCCUCCUCUUCCUUUUCAAUGAUUCAUUUUCACCUCCUUAUGAUCUGAGGCUAUCCUGUCUAUGCAAAGCAAUGCUUCAAAGAAGGGGUUUUUGGAACCAAAGGUAAUAUCUGUGGCAGCUUGCGUCAAAAACAAUCAUUGAACUGAUGAAUCACAACGGGACAAAGCACUGCUGCAACAACCUUUCAUAUGCAAAGUAUUUUAGACUUCCUUCCAAGAUACCAUAUACAAUGUAUGAUAACAAUGUUAUAUUCUCCUAUGUAAAUACCUACCAAUAAAACUUAAAGUGGUGUGUG